GAGGCAAAAGAAACACACAUACACACACACACAAACUGCUGUGCUCACUGGAGCCCCUCAGUGUGGAGGCUCCAAGGGACCUAGGCUGGAGGCAGCGCUGCAGUGCACCCAAAGGUCCAGGAUGCAGGCCCUCACGUUGCUGCUCUGGAUGGGAGCUCUCCUCGGGCAUGGCAGCUCCCAGAACAGCGCUGGGGAUGUGGAGGAGGGUUCCCUAGCGCCCGACGCCACCACCGCAGGGAUGUCAGCGGAGGAAGAAGACCCCUUUUUCAAGGUCCCCGUGAACAAGUUGGCGGCAGCUGUCUCCAACUUCGGCUAUGACCUUUACCGAGUGAGGUCCAGCAUGAGCCCAGCUGCUAACGUGCUCCUGUCUCCGCUCAGUGUGGCCACGGCCCUCUCUGCCCUUUCGCUGGGAGCGGAACAGCGCACAGAGUCCACCAUCCACCGGGCUCUCUACUACGACUUGAUCAGCAACCCAGACAUCCACAGCACCUACAAAGAGCUGCUGGCCGCAGUCACCGCCCCACAGAAGAAUCUCAGGAGUGCUUCCAGGAUCGUCUUCGAGAGGAAGCUGCGGAUAAAAUCAAGCUUUGUGGCGCCCCUGGACAAGUCUUAUGGGACCAGGCCCAGGAUCCUGACGGGCAACCCUCGCAUAGACCUCCAGGAGAUAAACAACUGGGUGCAGGCCCAGAUGAAAGGGAAGGUCCCGAGGUCCACCAGGGACAUGCCCAGUGACAUCAGCAUUCUCCUCCUGGGCGUGGCGCACUUCAAGGGGCAGUGGGUAACGAAGUUUGAUUCCAGAAAGACUUCCCUUGCGGAUUUCCACUUGGAUGAGGAGAGGACUGUGAGAGUCCCCAUGAUGUCAGACCCGAAGGCCAUUUUACGCUACGGCUUGGACUCUGACCUCAACUGCAAGAUUGCCCAGCUGCCCCUGACGGGGAGCGUGAGUAUCAUCUUCUUCCUGCCGCAGAGAGCAACUCAGAACUUGACCCUGAUCGAGGAGAGCCUCACCUCGGAGUUCAUUCAUGACAUAGACCGAGAACUGAAGACUGUCCAAGCGGUUCUAACCAUCCCCAAGCUGAAGCUGAGCUAUGACGGCGCCCUCACCGAGGCCCUGCGGGAGAUGAAGCUCCAGUCCCUGUUUGAGUCACCAGACUUCAGCAAGAUCACAGGCAAGCCCAUCAAGCUCACUCACGCGGAACACCGGGCUGGCUUCGAGUGGAAUGAGGACGGGGCAGGAGCCGCCCCCAGCCCCGGGCUCCAGCCGGCUCGCCUCACCUUUCCUCUGGACUACCACCUUAAUCAGCCUUUCAUCUUCGUCCUCAGGGACACGGACACAGGGGCCCUUCUCUUCAUAGGCAAAAUCCUGGACCCCAGGGGCACCUAAUGCUCCAGGUUCAGGUUCAAGUUCGCCAGGGGGACGGCAGGUGAUGCAUGAAAGCUGCCCUGUGCUGCUCGUCUAUACUUUGCAAUAAAAAGAGCUUGACCCGUAA